UUUCCCUCUCUCUCUCUCUCUCCCAAAACUUUUCCCUCCCCCCUCACCCACCCACGACAACCACCACCAAAUAAUCUCCGGCCACCACCAACCAUCGCCGGCUACCACCGUCCAGUGCCGCCGCCCACCACGAACCAGUGUCGCCGCCAACCAUCCGGCCGAUCUCACGCGGUUUGGUCGCCUCCGCCCACUGAACGACGCCCACCACCGAUGGACUUGGGAAAUGAGUACGGAGAUGAUAAUUUGCUUCCACAUGUUCCGGUUGAUGAUGAUCCGCGCCCCCAAGUUGUCCCUCAAAAUGAUGAAAAUGAAAUUGUAAGUGAUGUGGAAUCGGACGAUAAUGAGGACCAAUGCGAGUGGAAGCUCAUAGAGGAAGAUGAAAAUGUUGAGCAACCUAAGAAAGGUAUGACGUUUAACUCCAUAGAAGAACUCAAAUCAUAUUAUAGGCGUUUUGGCAAGCAAAGAGGUUUUGGGGUGGUACAAAAGAAAGCUACUAGAGACAAAAUUAGUAGGAAAGAAGUACGUGUCACCCUUGCAUGUGCUCGUCAAGGCAAGCCAGCACCCAAGACAAGUAAGCCAAAUCCAACAACCAAAACGGAUUGUAAGGCCAAGUUGAAUGCAAAGUUUGUUGAAACGAAGUGGUGUGUGACUAGUGUAACUACUGACCACAAUCAUGAUUUAAGCCCAGGACAAGCAAGAUAUUUUAAAUGCAAUAGGAGAUUGAAUCCUAGUGUGAAAAGAAAGAUUAUAGUAAAUGAUAUAGCUGAGAUCGGACUGAGCCAGAGUUGUAACUCUCUUGCUGUUGAAGCGGGGGGGUAUGAGAAUCUUUCAUUUGUAGAAAAAGACUACCGAAAUUUUAUUAACAAGGAAAGAUAUCUUCGGCUUGGCCAAGGAGGUGCUAAAGCACUAUGUGACUAUUUUACUAAGAUGCAAGCAACGAACAAUGGUUUCUACGCUGUGAUGGAUUUGGACGAUGAAUCUAGGUUGAGAAAUGUGUUUUGGGCCGAUGCACGAAGUAGGGCAUCAUAUGAAAGUUUUGGGGAUGCCAUUACAUUUGACACGACAUACUUGACCAAUAGGUAUGAAUUACCAUUUGCUCCUUUCGUAGGAGUGAAUCAUCAUGGUCAGUCAAUGCUUUUAGGGGCAGGAUUACUAUCAAGUGAGGAUACAGAAAACUUUGUAUGGUUGUUUCAAACAUGGUUGGAAUGCAUGAAUGGUCGGGCACCAAAUGCAAUUAUAACAUAUCAAAAUAGGGCUAUGAAAAAUGCAAUUGCAAGAGUUUUUCCAGGAACUCGACACAGAUAUUGUCUAUGGCACAUCUUGAAAAAAAUUCUAGAAAAGUUUAGAGCACAUUCACAAUAUGAUGCCUUCAAGAGUGCUUUACAAAGAUGUGUGUAUGAGUCUCAGACAUGUGAUGACUUCGAGGUAGGUUGGCAAAGUCUACUUGAAAGAUAUAAUCUUAAGGAUAAUGAUUGGCUGCGUCAGUUAUAUGAUGAGCGGACUUUCUGGGUACCGGCAUAUCUAAAAGGUGAAUUUUGGGCUGGUAUCAUAACUACACAACGGAGUGAAAGUAUAAAUGCAUUUUUUGAUGGGUAUGUGCGUCCGUCGACCACAUUGAAGCAAUUUGUUGACCAAUAUGAUAUUGCUUUACGGAAGAAGGUUGAGAAUGAGGCUCUUGCAGAUUUCAAUUCUUUUAAUUCUACGCUUUCAUGUUUAACCUUCUAUUCUUUUGAGAAAAAAUUUCAACAAGUCUACACCAUUGCAAAAUUCAAAGAAGUUCAGGUGGAGAUAUUGGGUAGAAUUUAUUGUACUGUCUCCCUUUUGUCUAAAGAGGGUGCAAUUUAUACCUAUCAAGUGAUUGCACAAGUAUUAGUUGAAGAUGCAUUCGUGAAACAAGUAAUAUAUGUUGUCUACUUUAAUGAAGAUAAAGAUGAAUUUGAAGUAAAAUGCACAUGUGGGUCAUUUGAAUCGAGAGGCAUCUUGUGUAGACAUGUCAUUUCUGUACUGGCCGCACAUAACAUUACAUCAUUGCCCUCCAAAUAUUAUCUUGACCGCUGGAGGAAGGACGUGAAGCGAAGAUAUACUUUAGUUAAAAGUAGUUAUGACUCGUUGAGUGGCAAUCCCGAUGUACAAAGAUAUGACAACUUGUGCAAAUGUAUGCAUAAAUUAGCAGAGAUCGCCGCAAGAAACGUGGAUCAUUACACAAAAGUGCAGAGACAUAUUAAUAUGUUAACUACAGAAUUAAGUGGUUUAAGUUGUGAACAGAAUCCACCUUCUCGCGCACUUCCAGGCGCAUCUUCAACAUUUAAUGAAUCCAUUGAUGGUGAUGAUUUAGAGGUAGAAAGUGAUAAAGUGCAUAGUCCUCUCAAGGUUCGAAGUAAAUGAAGGUUACUGUAUAAAAAAAAAGUAUCUAUAGUGGAAAAAGCGAUUGUCAAGAAGUCACAAGGAAAAAACAAUGAGCCAUGCCAAAGUAAGGAUAUAUGGCCACCUAAGCUAUUGGAACGCUAAAUGGAAUCAGUGAAAUGGAAGGAAUGCAAGUUACAAUGUAUUUUGUUGUUUUGGAACUAUUUUGUGUUGUAUGGACUACUUAGCCUUUUUGUGUUGUAAUUAGUAGAUUUUCAUAUAUACUAGUAGCUUGUGCACUACUAGUAGAAUUUCUUAUGUAUAAAUUUGUUAGUAUUCUUCUUGCA